CUGUUUGUUGUUGAGGAUGUCUGGUCGCGGGAAAGGCGGAAAAGGCUUGGGAAAAGGGGGAGCGAAAAGACAUCGGAAGGUGCUCCGGGAUAACAUCCAAGGCAUCACGAAGCCAGCUAUCCGCCGUUUGGCUCGCCGCGGUGGCGUGAAGCGAAUUUCUGGCUUGAUCUACGAAGAGACGCGUGGAGUGUUGAAGGUUUUCCUGGAAAACGUGAUCCGCGAUGCUGUGACUUACACCGAGCAUGCUAAGAGGAAGACAGUGACAGCCAUGGACGUGGUGUACGCGCUGAAGCGCCAAGGUCGCACUUUGUACGGCUUUGGAGGCUAAUUUCUAGACAAAAAGAACAACGGCCCUUUUAAGGGCCACCCACAAUUCCUGAAAAAGAGUUGUAGCAUAUAAAAACCUUUAUUAG